AAAAAUGACUCAUUUAUGCCAACUCAUCAAUAGUUUGACUCAUUUAUGCUAUCGAACUAUCGAAAAUGACUCAUUUAUGCCAAUCACCAAUAGUUUGGCUCGUUUAUGCCAUCACCUGUUAUCAAAAUGACUCAUUCAUGCCAUUUUUCAUUAACGUCAGUUUUACAAUACCAGAUAUGAUACGUGACCUCCAACUAGAUUAUGGUUGUGGGUGGGUUGGAUGUAUGGGUCGUAUUUUUUAUUAAUUUAGGAUUUAAAAUUGGGCUGGUUUAAACGACAGACCUCUAAUCAUAGGCGGAGCUAGAAUUUGAGGUUUGUGGGUUCUGAAUUCAAAUCUUUAAAUUACUGGGUUUUAAAUUACUAAUUGAUACAUAUUACACAAAUUUCUUAAAGCAAAUAUAAGGUUUGAACAAAAGCUUGUGGGUUCGGCCGAACCCGUCUUCCACACUAUGGCUCCGCCACUGCCUCUAAUUGGAGCUCACGUUUCAUAUCUGGUAUCAUAAAAUCGGCGCCAAUGAAAAAUGGCAUGGAUGAGUCAUUUUGGUAACGGGCGAUGACAUAAAUGAGCCAAACUAUUGAUGAGUGACAUAAAUGACUCAUUUCCGAUAGUUCGAUGGCAUAAAUGAGCCAAACUAUUGACGAGUGGCAUAAAUGAGCCAAACCAUUGACGAGUGGCAUAAAUGAGCCAUUUCCGAUAGUUCGAUGGCAUAUUUGAGCCUUUUCCGAUUAGUAUAUUACCAAAAAAAAAAACCAAGUAGUUGUUAUAUGGGGAAUAAUUUUACAAAGAGCGUACUGUUAUAAAGUUAGUUGUUACUCUUAUAGGUAAAAUAUUGUUAUAAAGAAGUAAAAUAUAACAUAAAAAAUCAAUUCCGAAAAAACAUAACUAAUAUAGAGAGGUAUAGUUAUUUGCGAAUGCUGUUAUAGAGAGGUUUGACUGUAUAUACUUAUAGUUUAGUGUGUUUGGGGUUGACAAUUGAAACAAGUAUGUAGAGUGAAACUUGACUACUUGAGUUAUAUUUGUAAAACAAAAUGACUUUAGGAGUUGAGAUAUUUGUAAAAGAAAUUUGGACAAGCCAGGAAUUAUAUUUCUCAUGGUUUAUUUUGGUUGGUUGUGUCGAGAGUCUACCGAAAUAACCUUUCUAUCCCCAGGGUAGGGGUGUGUACCGCUAAAAAUUGAUUAUAGGAUAAUCAAUUAAAGUUGUUUGAGAAAUAGGGUUAAAGACAAGUGGAUCAUAUCCGAUUUUACAAAUCCUCUCGAUGGCUAGUACUGUUGAGCCCAGUGAUAAAGGUAAGGGUGCAAGAAUAGUGACCAAAUUUAAUUUGAAAAAAAUAUAUAUCACAUACGAAAAUUGAGGUGGGACAUAGAAAUUUAACAGAGUAAGAAUAAAUAUGACUUUUUUUAGAGUACAAGGGUAAAAAUGACCCUAAAGUUGGAUGAUAAAGGUAAAUAUGGUGAAAAGGUAAUAAAAGGGCAAAUUGGAGUAUAACUUAUUUGUGAGAUUACAAUGUCAAAUCUAACCCUUUUCAGCUAUUCCUUUUCCUAUAACUUCUGAUCAUUUCAAUUUCAUCAUUUCACUUCAAAAUUUCCAGUAUCCAUACUUUUUAUCGAAGUCCUCAUGGAAACUCCUCUUCUUCUUUUUUCAAAAUCCUUAAUUACAUCUCUUAUUUGUCAUCACAGGGCUAAUUAUUUUUUUUCUUACACAUUUACAAUUUAGCAUAAACUAAUUAAGUACUAUAUUUUAAAUAGAAGCAGAUCUAAGGUAGGCUUUGGUGGAUUCAACUGAAUUUAUUAUUUGUGGGUAUGAAAAUAUAUGUAUAUGAUGAGAUCAUACUUAUUUUAAACCAAAUAAUCUAAAUUCGGAUCACGUUUGUUGACAGUUAUUGCUAGAAAGUAGAAACACAGAUCACUUUUGAGGCUAAAGUGAUUUGUUAUAAUUAAGAUCCCUUUUUGUAAUUAAACAUAAGCAUUAAUUUGUGGGCCUAUUUGAUUCAGUUUACAACUCCUUUUUUCAAGUUCCCUAAUAAUAACUGAAAUGUAUUUUGACUGUAUUAGGAGCCUGUUUGGAGGGCUUAUGCCUAUAAGCUGCAAACAGCUUAUAAGUUAAAAAAAAAUAAGUUGGGGUAGUCUAACUUAUUUUUUUUUUUGGUUUAUAAGCUGAAAACAGCUUAUAAGCUGCUUUAGAUUAGCUAAGUCAAAUGGGCCCAAUUAUUUUUUUGAGCUUAUUUUAAGCACAAAAUGACUUUAAGCUGGCCAACCAAACACUCAAAAAAGCUGAAAACAACUUAUAAGCCAAUCCAAACGGGCUCUAGAACGUAGAUUCUUUGGCAUACAAAAUUUUACUUGGGAAUCACCUAAACACUAAACUGAAAGAUAAAUUUCACUUGAGAAAACUUCUAUAUACAGGACCGUCUCAACAUUCAACAAGAUUGGGGGUCUAAAGCUAAACUUCAGAAAGACCCUAUUUUUUAAAGGAAAGAUCGUCAUAUAUAUUUUUAUUUAAUAUUUUUCUAACUUUUUCUACAUACGAAGUCAUUAAUUAUUAUUUUAUGAUAUAUAGCUAAUCCAUUCAAUAUCUUUUGAGACAUUGUUGAUCUUUGUAUGAUUUUAUCAAUUUUAAUUUUAAAAAACUUCUUUCGAUUGAGAUAGCAAUUAUAAGAACUGUUAACAUUAUUAUAUAAGCAACAUAUGUAUCUUGAAAGAAUCAAGUCUUUUUAUUUGUAAUUUGUAAGCCACCGUAAGUUACCACUUGAUAGACUUUUUAAUAUUGAGAAUAGAAUAGUAAAAGGGAGAAUGCAAAAGGUAAAUAUAGGAAUAAUAAUGCAGAAGGGAGAAUGCAAAAGGUAAAUAUAGGAAUAAUAAUGUAGCCUAUAUUAGUUGUUAGGAUAUAAAUAAGGUACCCAAUUACCCCCGUAAGGAAAUAAUCCCCAAGAAAUUAUUUCAUUACCCAAUUAUUGAAAGGGCCCCCACACAUUAAAACGUAAAAAGUUACUGUACUGAAUCUGAGUUGGCAUCCUGAUAGGAGAAGUGACUAAGAGCCUGUUUGAAGGGCUUAUACCAAUAAGCUACAAACAACUUAUAAGCUAAAAAAAAUAAGUUGGGUAGUCUAAUUUUUUUUUUUUGGUUUAUAAGCUGUUUUCAGCUUAUAAGCUGCUUUAGAUAAGCUAAGUUAAAUGGGCCCAAUUAUUUUUUUGAGCUUAUUUUAAGUACAAAAUGAAUUUAAGCUGGCCAGCCAAACACUCAAAAAAGCUGAAAACAGCUUAUAAGCAACUUAUAAGCGAAUCCAAACGGGCUCUAAGCGUUCAGAGGAAACAAUUUGUUCCUUUUUCGUGAACAAUUCCUUAGUAGUGAUCCCAGUGGACUCUACUGAAACCCCUAAACUACUCCGACAAAAAUUAUACAACGGAUCAUUGACCCUAGCAGCGUCUCCUUGUAGCGUACAAAACUCUAACACUAUAGGAUUACAUACAUUGUACAAAGGUGUAGGCAACAUAGUCUUAAAUGAAUUGACAAACAACUGAACACAUUCAUCAACAGUAAAUCUUUUAUAACUAUGCUGAGACAUAUAAAGCAUUACCAGAGCUACAGGAGCCAACGACGAAACAAAUAAUUCAAUAUGUUCACAGGAUUUUUCAAUUUUAUCCACAGGAGUCAUAGUUGUAAACUGUGUAAGCAACAUCAUUAUACGAUCCAAUACCGAAGGAAAACAAGGAUAAUCUCCAUUCAAAAUACCGGAAACAAUUGAAAUUAUAUCAUUAAUAAUUUUCCAAGCCUGAUGAUGAUUUGUGCUCCGGAUUCGACCUACGAGUUGCAUACCCGUGUCGUGUUGCACCCCACAUUCAGCUAAAGCGUGCUCACACUCAAGCUGUUUUCCCCUGUAAAUUAACCGUUUCUCUUCGACUGGUAAACCAGUGAUCAACAUGAUUUUUGUAAUGAAUGAAUUUUACUAGGUCCGUAGAUUUAGCUCGGAUAACUAGGGUUUUGUUUCCAGGAAACAAACGGACAAAGAAUUGAACCUGAAUUUGGUCUUUUGGCUUUUUUAUAAGGGAAGAACAAAGGGCUAAGGAUUCUUUAGAGGUAACUGUUUGAUCAAAUUUACGCUUGUUGGGUGCGUUGCGGGUGCGGUUGCUUACAACGUCGAUACAUCACUGAUUGGGAAGUGAAGUUUGAAGGGUUUUAGGACAACGUAGAAAUCUCAAAAUUUGUGAGAAAACGGUGGAGUUGUGAAGUUUUCGUUACAAAUGAGAAGAUUUAUAGUACAUGACUAAUAAAUAUUGGGGGUUGGGACCUGAAUUUGAGAAAAUGAUCAAAAUGGUUCCUAAUAUAUUGACUUUGUUUCCAUUUGGAGAGCUGGUUGGGAGCUAAGUUACUCAAUCCAGUUUUUCAUCUGUAAAAUUAAUACGGUGUUUGAUUUGCAAUUGGUUUAUAGUUUAAAAACUCGUAUAACUGAUAGUUACAUGAUAGGUUGGAAAGUAUUCUUCCUACACUGAUUUCCUCAAAUCAGUCUAAUUUUGUAAAAAGGGGGAGUAUAUUUGGAAACAUACUUCUCACACAGGAGAUUGUCUCAGAUAUUAGAUUAAGAGGUAAGCCAGCUAAUGUUGUUAUAAAAUUGGAUAUGGCAAAGGCCUAUGAUAGAAGUUUCUUGGAAAUAUCUCAUGCAUGUGUUAAGGAGGAUAGGGUUUGCAGAGCAUCUUAUUAAUUUGAUUAGAGGUUUGAUUGCUAAUAAUUGGUACUUUGUGUUGUUAAAUGGGCAACCAACUGGUUUCUUUCCGUCUUUUAGGGGAGUGAAGUAAGGAGAUUCACUAGGGUUUUAUGAAGUUCAUUUAUAACACAUUUGGGAGGUGCCAAAAUUGAGAGAAGAUGAAUUGACAUACUUUGAAGAACACUUCUGAUAAGUACAACCUUUCUUCAAAGGAUAAUAACUUUCCUUUCCAAGAAUGCAAUCUUCCUUUCACCUUCUUGAUAAGCUCUAAAUAAUAGAUCUUCUUCUUUCUGGAAUGAAAUAUAGGGCAAGCUAGUGUAUGAAAGGAAAUUGUCCUCUCAUGAAUCUAGUAAUCUCCUCCACCUGUUGCAUUAAAUCAAUACCCACCUUUGAAUACAUAUAAAAAGAACUUUUAUCGUUAUUGAUAAGUUAACAAGAUUCCUGUUCAUACUGCCCCAAUACUUCCAUGAUGCAUCUUAAUGAGUAUGCAUCAGCAGAGGUAAAGAUAACAGUAUCAUCAGCAUAGGCAAGAUGAUUCAUAGGAUAAGACCACUUUGACAUUCCAUAUCCAAUAAAAUUGUUAUCUUCAAAUAAAGAAUUUAAUGCCCUUGAGAGAACUUCAGCAAAUAAUAGAAAUAAAGCUAGAGAUAGUGAAUCUCGUUACUUCACUCCCCUAGAAGACUGAAAGAAACCAGUUGGUUGCCAUUUAACAACACAGAGUACCAAUUAUUUCAAUCAAAUCCCUAAUCAAAUUAAUAAGAUCGUAUCCUCCUUAACACAUGCAUGAGAUAUUUCAAAGAAACCCCUGUCACAGGCCUUUGCCAUAUCCAAUUUUAUAACACCAUUAGCUGGCUUACUCUCAAUCUAAUAUCUGAGACAAUCUCCUGCGUGAGAAGUAUGUUUUCAAAUAUACUCCCCUUUUUUACAAAAUUAGACUGAUUUGAGGAAAUCAGUGUAGGAAGAAUACUUUCCAACCUAUCAUGUAACUAUCAGUUAUACAGUUUUUUAAACUGUAAAUCAAUUGCAAAUCAAACACCGUAUUAAUUUUACGGAUGAAUAACUGAAUUGAAUAACUUAGCUCCUAAGCAACUCUCCAAAUGGAAACAAAGUCAAUACAUUAGGAACCAUUUUCAUCAUUUUCUCUAAUUUCAGGUCCCACCCCCCAAUAUUUAUUAGUCAUGAAACUCACAACUCCACCGUUUGUAACGAAACUCAACUCCACCGUUUUCUCACAAAUUCUGAGAUUUCUACGUUGUCCUAAAACCCUUUAAACUUCACUUCACCAGUCAGUAAUGUAUCGACGCCGUAAACAACCGCACCCGCAACGCACCAACAAGCGUAAAUUUGAUCAAACAGGUAGCUCUGAUGAAUCCUCAGCCCCUUGUUCUUCCCUUAUAAAAAAGCAAAAAGACCAAAUUCAGGUUCAAUUCUUUGUCCGUUUGUUUCCUGGAAACAAAACCCUAGUUAUCCGAGCAAAAUCAACGGACCUAAUAGAAUUCAUUCAUUACAAAAUCAUGUUGAUCACCGGUAUACCGAUCGAAGAGCAGCGGUUAAUUUACAGGGGAAAACAGCUUGGGUGUGAGCACACUUUAGCUGAAUGUGGGGUGCAAAACGACACGAGUAUGCAGCUCGUAGGUCGAAUGCUGAGCACAAAUCAUCAUCAGGCUUGGAAAAUCAUCAAUGAUAUAAUUUCGAUUGUUUCCAGUAUUUUGAAUGGAGAUUAUCCUUGUUUUCCUUCGGUCUUGGACCGUAUAAUGGUGUUGCUUACACAGUUUACAACUAUGACCCCUGUGGAUAAAAUUGAAAAAUCCUGUGAACAUAUCAAAUUAUUUGUUUUGUCGUUGGCUCCUGCGGCUCUGGUAAUGCUUUAUAUGUCUACAGAUAGUUAUAGAAGAUUUACUGCUGAUGAAUGCGUUCGGUCGUUUGUUAAUUCAUUUAAGAUUAUGUUGCCUGCACCUUUGUACAAUGUAUGUAAUCCUAUAGUGUUAGAGUUUUGUAUGCUACUUGGAGACGCUGCUGGGCUUGAUGAUGGGUUGUAUAAAUUUUGUCGGACUAGUUUAGGGCUUUCAGUAGAAUCGAUUGGGAUCACUACUGAGGAGUUGUUAGUGAAAAAGGAACAAAUUGUUCCCUCUGAAUGCUUAGUCGGUUCUCCUGUCAGGAUGCUAACUCAGAUUCAGUUCUUUGUCCGUUUGCUUCCCGGAGGCAAAUCGCUGGUUAUCCGAGCCCAUUCUAUGGCCCCAGUGGAAUUCAUUCACUAUAAAAUCAUGUUGAUCACCGGAAUACCCACGGCAGAGCAACGGCUAAUUUACAGGGGAAAGCAGCUCCAGUCAGAAAAAACAUUGGCAGACUAUGGUAUCCAGAAGGACGAAAGCCUGCAACUUGUUGGUCGAAUGCGGAGCACAAAUCAUCCUCAGGCGUGGCAGCUCGUCGAUGACUUGAUUUCACUAGUCCUCGAUAUUUUAGGAAGCAAUUAUCCUACGACUCUUUCGGACACGCAUCAUAUCACAAAGAUGCUGAUGAAGUUUCUCACCAUGACUCCAAAGGAUAAUAUUGGCAAAGCCUCUCAACACCUCCACGUAUUCAUCUCCUCAUCGGUUCCUGCAGCUCUAGUAAUGCUUUAUAUGUCUGCAGAAAAAACAAUCGAAUUUACUGCUCAUUAUUCCAUUCGUACCUUUAUCAAUUCAUUGAAGAGUGAAUUGCCUAAGAACACAUACAAUGCAUGUGCUCGAAUACUGUUAGAGUUCUGUAAGCUACUGAGAGGGGCUGCUGGGCUUGAUGAUCGUUUGUAUAAUUUUUGUCGGAGUAGUUUAGGGCCUAUAGUAGAGUCCAUUGGGAUCGCGAGGUGCAAGGAUACUAAGGAGUUAUUAGCAUUAAAGUAUGUUUUUCCAUUUGUACGUGAUGUAGUAGUAGCUGAGUUAUCCCAUGAUUUGGAAUUGAGUAUCGAAUCAGUUGAGUCUAUGGAGUUAUCAGUGAGCACUGUGCGUGAUUUUACUGAGUAUAUGUCUUUGGUGAGGAAAGUGUUGCAACUACCAUUUGGCUUUCCAAUUAGCUUGCCGUUGAAAAAGGAUGGCACCAGUGAAGCAGUAUGUGACAGAGAGUACACUGAACGUUUGCAUCGUGUUUCAUAUGAUUUGCAUCGUAUUCUGUAUGAUUUGCUAGACAAAAUGGAGUUGUGCUUGAGGAAACUGGAAGACCAGUUGGGAUUGAAAGAUAAAGGUAAAACCAAGCUUAUUGUAUCCUGGUGUUCUCAGUAUCUUGUAAUUCUGAAAGAGUUAAAUAGCAUUUCAAAACUGUUUAAGGGCUUGGAGAAUGUCUUUUGGCAGAAGAUGAGGCAAAGAAAGGUUUCACUGUGCUUUUUGAUUGUGACAUUUGCAAAAAGAUGUGACGAUUGUCAGUGGGUUAUUGAGCACAAAGAGGUAACCAAUUUCGAGGUAAGGAGACAUUUCACAAUGAUGAUACUUCGAGAAGUAAGAAACCAGGCGAUGCUUGAGAUGCUCAUUGAUAGGUCCCAGUUGUUGGAAGAAUCAUUUGAGUACAUUGGACAAGCGCAUCCUGUAUUGCUGCGAGGUGAUCUAUUUAUGGAAUUCAAACAUGAAGAAGCUACUGGGUCUGGUGUAUUGAGAGAGUGGUUUUUCUUGGUAUGUAGAGCGAUCUUCAAUCCUCAGAAUGCUCUCUUUGUUGCUUGCCCGAAUGACCGGAGAAGGUUUAUCCCAAAUCCAGCAUCUAAGGUGGAGCCAUUGCACCUUGAGUAUUUCUGCUUCUCUGGUAGGAUGAUUGCGUUGGCUUUAAUGCAUAAAAUACAGAUUGGCGUUGUGUUCGAUCGUGUGUUCUUUUUACAAUUGGCUGGAGAGAAAAUAUCAUUGGAAGACAUUAGGGAUGCAGAUCCUUACUUGUACAGUAGCUGCAAGCAAAUACUGGAGAUGGAUCCUGAGAUGGUGGAUCAAGAUACACUAAGCUUGACAUUUGUUUGUGAAGCUGAAGAGUUGGGGUCCAGGAAAAUGGUCGAGCUUUGCCCCAGUGGGAAAGAUACCGUCGUGAACAGUAAGAAUAGGAAGGAGUAUGUUAAUCUUCUUAUUCAACAUCGGCUUGUCACAUCAAUUGCUCAGCAGAUAGCCCAUUUUUCGAAAGGUUUUGCUGAUGUAACUACCUCAAGUCUCCGAACUUCCUUGUUUCGGAGUUUAGAUCUUGAAGAUCUUGACCGGAUGCUUGAUGGGAGUGGAAGUGCUAUUUCUGUUGAAGACUGGAAAGCACAUACAGAUUACCAUAGCUACAACGAAAGUGAUCGUCAAAUAUCCUGGUUCUGGAAGAUAGUUGGGCGUAUGUCUGCUGAACAGAGAAAGGUGCUCCUUUUCUUCUGGACUUCCAUUAAAUAUCUACCUCUAGAGGGUUUUGGUGGUUUGGCUUCUAGACUUUCCAUUUACAAAACCUCGGAAUCUUGUGAUCACUUGCCUUCUGCACAAACAUGCUUUUACCGCAUGCGCUUUCCUCCUUAUCGAUCAAUGGCUGUGAUGAGAGAUCGACUCCAUGUAAUCACCCAAGAGCAUGUUGGUUGCAGCUUUGGUACCUGGUGAUAUAUGCCAAUUUUGGGAUUAUAUUGAACUUGCACAUAAUCAGCUUGUACAUGAAGCUUGUAUAUGCUUACCUAUUUAAAACUUUGGUCUUUUUAUGGUCUAUACUUUCAACUCAAUGCAUCACAGACUGAUGAGUUUAUGACAAGUUAGAAGAACUAAUUAAACUUGGCUUA